AUUCUUCAUCAUCAAAGACAGUUUCCUGCUCUACUAUGCGGAGAAUGAGAAGAGAAGCUUCGAGACCAACAAACACUUUAACAUCCACCCCAAGGGUGUGAUCCCUUUAGGAGGCUGUGUUGUGGAUCCGAAGGAAGACCAGGGCAUGCCAUUCGCCAUGGUUAUAAAUCAUGCCGACUUCACUGGUAACAUUGUCCUGGCUGCAGAGAAUGAGGCAGAACAAAACCAGUGGCUGGAGAUGCUGCAGGAGUCUGGCAGAGUCACCUGGAAGAACGCCCAACUGGGAGAAGCCAUGAUAGAGAGCCUGGAAGCCCAGGGACUGCAGCUGGCCAAGGAGAAGCAAGAGUACCUGGACAAGCUGAUGGAGGAGACAGAAGAACUGAGCCUGCAGCGAGAACAGAAGGAGCAUCUGGAACGUCUGAACCUGGUUCUGGAGGAGGAGAAGCAGAAGUUUGAGGAGCUGGUGAUGGAGCUUAGAGCAGAGCAGGAUCAGAUCAAACUGGACUUGGACGGCACAGCACAGUCUCUGAAAGGUGUGGAGUCUGAAAAAGAGGAGCUGAACAGUUUAACAACACUUCUUCAGAAAUCUAUUGAGGAGCUGUCCCAUGAGAAGCAGCGAACCCUGGAGUUGUUGAGGGAGAAGGAGCUUGAGCAGGGGGCUGAGCAUCCAGAGAAGGACGAGGAGCAGGAGGUGCAGCCUGGUGACACGGGACUGCGAUCGGAGCUGAGACACAUUGAAGAGCAGAUGAGGGAACUGCAGAGAGAGAAGGAGCAGGCUGAGGAGAGGCAAACGGAGAAUGAGCAGCGUGCCACAGUUCUGCAACAGGAAAGAGAGUUCUACUCCUGUCAGUCCAGGACUUUACAGCAGUCCCUCACACAGCUCACUGUGGACAAGAAGCAAACUGAGGUGGAACUCAAGGUGGAGAUUGAGUCUCGUAUGGAGCUGGAGCGGAGGUUGAAGCAGGCUGAGGAGGCUCUACGGAACCUGGAGAAAGGUCUGAGCUCUCUGGAACGCUCCAAAGAGAAGGAUGACAAGAUGAGAGACGUCAACAACCUCAGGAGGUUCUUUGAGGAGUGUAUCUGUGCUGCAGAGAUCGAGGCCAAGCUCCCUUCUAUAAUGAAGAAUGCUGUGUAUCUCCACAAGGCUACAGCACGACGCAUUAAGAGCUGUCGGAUCCAGAGACGCGCCUCCAAACACCACUGGUUGAAACACUCCCAGUCAUUCGUGGUUGCCCGUGGCGAUGGCGCCAGCAUGGAGGACCUGAGGGAGACUGCCCGGCGACUGACCUCCGACAGCUGUUUCAGGAAGAGCGUCUACAAGAUCAUCACACGCCACGACCAGGAGACCUCCGCCAAGAAAGAUGACUGACAGAGAUAGGGAGGGAUGAAUUGCGGGAGGGAUUGUGUGUGUGUGUGUGUGUGUGUGUGUGUGUGUGAGAGUGUAAUAGUGUCAAGUCCUGUCGUCUGCUCCCACGGUGUUGUAGCUGGGUCGGGAUUAUCUUUAGGAUGUCAUCUCUUCAAUAUGAUGUAAUCUCUUCAAUAUGAUGUAAUCUCUUCAAUAUGAUGUCAUCUCUUCAAUAUGAUGUCAUCUCUUCAAUAUGAUGUCAUCUCUUCAAUAUGAUGUCAUCUCUUCAAUAUGAUGUCAUCUCUUCAACAGCCUGGUUGUGUUCAAACUGCAUUACAAUACUUUUAUGCAAAAUAUUUUUAUUCAAACAAAAUUCAUGUUUAUUGUUAAAGAUACAGCAGCUCUAUUUACUGUCCUACAGCUUGGAGGACGGUCGGAAAAAUAAUGCAUGUAGUUAUUGAACCAACACGAUAUGACAAUGUGAUGGUUUACAGUACAGUACAGGCAGAAGCCUUAAACCUGACCCUGGGUAACCCCAAAGAUGUACCCUUUAAAAUAGGAAUUAAAUUGUAAAUCAACCAUAUGGUCGACACACACACUGCAAGUCGACACACACACACACUGCAAGUCGACACACACACACACACACACUGCAGG